AUGCUUGCAGCGCCAACUGACAAGCGGGUCUCGGCCCCAAUGCAGAUCAUUGUCGUUGUCAUCAGCUACACCAUCUGGGUCUCCUUACUCUUUUACGGGCUAUAUCUACGAAAAAAGGAGAAGACGUGGUUUUAUGUGAUCAUUGCUUUUGCUGCGGGGUUUGGUGGGAUGUUUGAGCCGAUUUACGACAAUGCGCUGAUGCUCUACUUCUACGGCCCCGGCCAGUGGACAGCCUUCACCUCAAUGGGCGUGCCGCAACCCGUGUGGGUGUACAGUGGCUACGCAACUCUCCACGGCACUGUCUCCGUCUUUUUAAACCGAAAAAUUGCCAGCGGCAUCAAACGUCGCCUCUUCUUUCGGUACGCCGUCAUAGAGCCCGCUAGCUCGUGUCUCUUCGAGAUUGUCGUCAUCAACGGCGGAGUAUACGAGUACUGGGGACCCCACGUGCUCCGGAUCUUCAAGUACCCUAUUGUCAUUGGCAUCCUGGAAACCGUCCAAGUCAUGUUUUACAGCGUUGCUGUCGCCAACUUGCGCGCCAAAACCGAUCGUGCCGUUUACCACUUCUUUGGAGCGUUGCUCAUAUUUCCCAUCACCUUCAUGGCUGCGAACAUCGGGGUCGGAGCGCCACUGAUCAUCAGCCUUCAUUCAUCUAUCCAAACUGAGGCUUUAGUCACAUUGGGCACAGUGGCAUCCAUCUUGGGCUCCGUUAUCGCUAUCCUGGCUCUCCCAGCUAUGAUCCCUGGAAUUGAGGAGGGAGUAAAACUACCAACACACCUGUCGGUAUCCAAUACCCAUAUCGAGGCUUAG